AAACAUGAGACAGGAGAUCGAUCAUCUCUGACCUCUGUCCUAAACAGUUGCUAUCUCACUCUUUCUUCAUUCUCUCUGUUUCAAUCUCAAAUUGUUUUUCACUUUCCCUUUCCCUCCAUUUUCAACUUUAUCUUCUUUCUCCACACUCUCCUAUAUAUAUCACAACUAAAAUCUCAAAUCCAUCAACCAAACAAAUUCUCACAUCCAUCGUUUCGCUGCAAAACCUUCAAACCCUAGCAAUCAUGGAGUCUGACGGAAACUCCGACAAUGGCGGUGGAAGCAAACAGUUUUCAAAUCUUACGCCGGUGCCGCCGGAAGAAUCUGGUGUAGGUUUGCCGUAUGCGCCGGAAAAUUUUCCGAAUCCCGGUGAUAUUUGGCGGUGGAAAGCUGGUAAGAGGAUCUCAAAUAACGGUAAUUUUCGUGACCGUUAUUUAUACCUUCCUCCUCGUCUUUCUGCACCUGCCAAUCGGACCUCUUUCCGCGGCGGAUUUGCUAGCAAGCUCGCCGUUGAACGCUACGUAAGGGAAAGGUUCCCCAAAGCAAAUAUUUCGGAUUUCUUCGCUUCAUUCAGCUGGAGAAUUCCUUCUGGUCUUCCAGGCAAUAUGAAUCCUGCAGUUGAUGAACUUAAACAGUUUGAAUUAGAAGAACAGGAAGAAUCCAAUGUCCCCUGUGACAUCGAUGGAUGCAAAGCUGGGAAUCAUAAGUGCAGCAGCUUGAUUUUGGAAAAAGAAUCUCCACCUGUCAUGCCGUGUGAUUUCUGCUGUGCUGAGCCUAAAUUUUGCCGUGAAUGUUGCUGCAUUCUCUGUUACAAAGCCGUUGAUUCAACUCAUGGCGGCUGUAGCUAUAUCAUGUGCAAAGUAAAACAUGAUGAUACUAUUUGUGGGCAUGUCGCUCAUCUGGAAUGUGCUUUUCGAGCUUACAUGGCUGGCACCUUGGGGGGAAUGAUAGGAUUGGAUGCUGAGUAUUUUUGCCGGCGCUGUAAUGGGAGGACCGAACUGAUUCCCCAUGUUUAUAAGCUUCUGCUGACAUGCGAAUCUAUUGAUUCAGAUGAUGUGAAGGAAACUUUUUUAAAUCUUGGCAUUAAUCUCUUACAUGGUUCAGAGAAAGCCGCAGCAAAGGAGCUUAUGAGUCGAAUUGCAUUGGCCGUGUCAAAGCUUAAAUGUGGGACUAAUAUUGAAGAUAUCUUGAAUGUUGGUGACAAAGUUACAGCUCAUUCUUCAGGUUCCUCUAAUAAUGGCGAGGCUGCUACAGAAGAUGAAAGCCCUUUAAACCCUUCAAAUGUUGUAAAUGGGACAAAUUAUUUUCGGUAUCGAUCCGAGGUGUUAAAAAUUGAGGCUGACAUUGAUCAGGGUCUGGAGGCUCUUAGAAAGUCACAGAAGCAUGAAUAUAAGUUAGCAGAAGAAAACCUUAGGGCACAUACAAAAUAUUUACAAAAUCUUCUUCAGCAACUGAACAAAGAGAAGUCUGAAUUAGCAUGUCAACCGAACACAUCUCAUUCAAGUGUCUUGUUUCAAACUGUCGAGAAACGAGAGGAACAGCUAAGGCAGGCAAUGAUUAAAUUCGAAGAAAUGAAGAAGGUAGUAAAUGGUUUUGGCGGCACACCCAAAACUAUUUUAGAGAAACACUUUGGUCUAUAAAUUGCAUACUGAAGUGACAGGUUAUAGAGAUUACAGACAAGGGUUAUUUGUGAUUAUGAAUCCCGUGUUUCACAUCUCCCAACUUAAGAAGGCUAUUGGUGAUUAUGCAGCAGAAUGCAGAACCUCGACUACCAGCAGGAUUCGAGUUGGAUAUAGAGUGUGGAGGAACCUGAAGAGAUCUUAGCAUCCAGAGAAGUUUCUGAAGCUGGUCAAAGUGUUCGUCAGUGGCUAGUUCGUUGGAAAGGUCGUUGCAAAUUCGUGUAUUUUAUACAAGCUGAUUUUGACACCUCUGGUACAUUAGGACUUGUCAUGUUCCUCAUGUGUGCCAAAUUGGGUGUCGUUGCCUUUGAUUGCCUUCAAUACUACGUGGGCUUGGGCUACAGCUCCAUUUCUUUGACAUUGUUGGCACACCCCCCUCUCAGGAUAGACAUCCAAAUAUCAAAUAUGUUUGUAGUUCCUGUGAUGUCAACCCCGUUUUUAAGGUUCCUUCCUUGUGAUGAUUAUGGAUGUUUUUGCUAUCAAUUGUAUGCUUCAAAUUUUUUGAGAUAUCCAUUUGCAUGUUUUCCCUGAGAAUGACAAUUUUAAACAGAUUUGAGAUAUACAUACCACCACAAGUGUGAUUACUUCUUUUCUUA